AUGCGAGAUGAAGUCCCAGGGUGGAUUGCAAGUUCUCUUAAGCAGGCAGAGGAAUCUCUGAACGGGCGAUUGCGUAUCAACGACGAAACCGUAAUUGUAAUGAGAGAUGGGGAGAAAGAAAGCAUGGCUAUGCUAUGCGCAGCAAUGGCGAAAGGAAUCAGUUUAACAUUAGAUUUAACCUGGACGGGAUGGCAUCAAGCUCACGUGAUGUCCGAUCAGGCCGGUGUACCAUAUUACAGAGCUGAUAUUUCAUUACAGCCCUUUGUGAGAGUUCUUGACGAUUAUCUAAUGGAAAGAUCGGGGAGUGACGCUGCUCUAAUAUUUCAAGAUGAAAGCGAAUUAAAUCAAGGAUUGUAUUAUUUGGUGUCGACAUCUGUUCUACGAGUUAUAGUUCUAGACAAUUUAGACAAAGAUUCAAUUAGAAGCUUAUUGAAUAUAAGGCCAACCCCAUCGUAUUAUGCGAUAUUUGCUACUACGCCUAAUAUGAUUAAAUUAUUUAAAACGGCCGUUGUAAGUGAUGUAGCUAAUAGACUGGAUCGAUGGAAUCUCGUUUUUAUGGAUUUUAAAUCAUCACAAUUUGAUUAUAAAGAUUUCUAUAACAUCAGUUUAAUUACAUUACAAAACCAAAUAUGCUGCAAAUUACUUCAUAUUGAAGGUGAUUGUACUUGUCCAGAAGAUUUCAAGAUCCAGCGCGCCUUUCUCGGUCUCUUGUUUUCGGUACUAGCCCGAAGUAUUUCAAUGCUUCCAAAUGGUGGAAGUGAACUUACUACUGUAAUAACGUGCGACAAUGUAGAGACAGGAGAUGAUUUUAAAAAUAGCACCAGAUAUGAAUUACUAGGAAAAGUAACAAGUGAAGUAAAUGACGACAUUGGUCUUGUCAUGUACGGAGACCAAUUUACUAUCACUUAUGAAAUGAUGUGGGAUGUCAGUGUUGUCAACGAAACAGACGAUCUUGAUCCAAUUGCCAAUUGGACGCUGACCUAUAAUUUAAAUAUGCUGCCGGAUAAACAGCUUAUUUCGACUAAAAGAUUUUUUAGGAUAGGAACAGCACAGGCUAUCCCGUGGGCAUACAGAGUGACCAAUCCAGAGACUGGUGCAAUAGUGAAAAAUCCGGAUGGCACCGAUAAAUGGGAAGGAUAUUGCAUCGAUCUUAUUGAAAAACUAUCGGUUGACAUGAAUUUUGAUUACGAAUUAGUUGUUCCGAAAGAUAAUUCAUUUGGUGUUCGUGCCCGGGAUGGCACUUGGGACGGCUUGGUGGGAGAUUUGGCUUCUGGGGAAACUGAUAUGGUAGUAGCUUCUCUUACGAUGACUUCCGAGCGCGAAGAGGUAAUAGAUUUCGUGGCGCCCUACUUUGAGCAAUCAGGAAUAUUGAUCGUGAUGAGAAAACCUGUGCGACAAACUUCGCUUUUCAAGUUCAUGACUGUGCUAAGAUUAGAAGUGUGGCUAAGUAUUGUGGGUGCUCUCGUGUUUACUGCUAUUAUGAUAUGGUUCCUGGACAAAUAUUCACCAUAUAGUGCCAGAAAUAAUAAACAAGCGUAUCCUUAUCCGUGCAGGGAUUUCACAUUAAAAGAAAGUUUUUGGUUUGCACUGACGUCGUUUACACCGCAAGGAGGAGGUGAAGCACCAAAAUCUCUUUCGGCACGAACAUUGGUUGCUGCUUAUUGGUUAUUCGUAGUACUUAUGUUGGCUACUUUUACCGCAAAUUUGGCUGCCUUUUUAACGGUCGAGAGAAUGCAGGCGCCCGUUCAGUCAUUGGAACAACUGGCCAGACAAUCCAGGAUUAAUUACACCGUCGUUGCGAAUUCAGACACACAUCGCUAUUUCAUCAACAUGAAGUUCGCAGAGGACACAUUGUACCGGGUUUGGAAAGAAAUUACUCUAAACAGCACCAGUGACCAAACCCAGUAUCGCGUUUGGGAUUAUCCAAUCAAGGAACAAUAUGGCCACAUUUUGAUGGCCAUCAAUUCAUCGAUGCCCGUGGAAAACGCUACCGUCGGCUUCUUAAAAGUCAAUCAACAUGAAGACGCCGACUUCGCUUUCAUUCACGACUCGGCGGAAAUCAAAUACGAAGUAACACGGAAUUGUAAUCUCACCGAGGUAGGAGAGAUAUUUGCUGAGCAACCGUAUGCAGUAGCUGUUCAGCAAGGAAGCCAUUUACAAGAUGAGAUCAGCCGAAAAAUUUUAGAUCUUCAGAAAGACAGAUAUUUUGAACAGUUGUCUAAUAAAUAUUGGAAUCAAUCUGCUAAAGGCCUUUGUCCGAAUACAGACGAUAGCGAAGGCAUCACACUAGAAAGUCUUGGUGGCGUUUUUAUAGCAACAAUAUUUGGUUUGGUAUUGGCAAUGAUCACUUUAGCAGGAGAAAUUUUCUAUCACAAGCGCAAAAAACGUAAUAAUGUGCAGCAGGUCAAACCAGCAGUGGUUCAGCCUGGAUACAAUUAUGGUGCAGACUACGACCCUCCACUCAAAGAAAGGCCUUUAAGAAGAGUUACAAUAGGAACCAGCUUUCGUCCAGUGAUCGAGAAGAAUCCGCCGCGUGUGUCGUACGUGUCCGUAUUUCCUCGGCAGCAGUUACAUCCAUGACCUCCGAUCAGAGGAAAUUACCAGGAAUAU